CAGCUUGUUUAAUUUUGUUCUGAAUAAUCUGCCAAUAUUUCAUGUACAAGGAACAGGUGGAAGGAGUGUAUUUAUAUACUUGUUUCUUGUAUUUCAGAUGAGAUGCUGGAAAAGUUUUCUGUCAUUGAGGAGCAGCCCACCACCCAGGAGCCUCCAAUAAUUAUUAUUGAUGAUGAUGAUGAUGAUGAUGAUGAUGAUGGCGGCAACAACAACAAAUUGAAGGGUCCUAAGCUAACUAAAGAAGAUUUCUGUGCUCAGGGCCAAAUUUCUCUUGAUAAAGAAGAGGUAGUUGAGUUUGCUAUCUCCCAGUACAACUUGCCUGAUAAUGUUGUUGAGAUGCAGGAUUUUGGUAAAAAUAUUGGCCAACCACCAAAUGAUCCUGAGGCUAACCUAGAAAUUAUAGAUACAAAGUUGCCAAGUGAAGAACCCAUACCUGUGGUGGAACAGCCAAAGAAAAGGAAGGACAAAACCAAAAAUAUACGUGUAACACCUGCUGUUAGUGGAAGAAAAAAACGUGGUCCUUCAAAGAAGAAAUCCAGUGCAGUAAAAGUUGAAAAAUGUGAGACUGGGAAAUCUAUGUGCAAAAUACCUGGAUGUUUCUUACGUGACCUUGAAAAGUCAAAGAAAUAUUCUAGAUAGAAUUUCAAGCAAAAUAAGGAUGAGUUGGUUCAGAAAAUCUACCAACUGUUUAACAGCACCGUCUUUGAUCAGAAGAUGCUAGAGAAAAUAGAAAUCACCUGGAAUAAAAAGAUGCUGAGAACUGCUGGCUUAUGCACCACUAGUGAGACAUGACACCCCAAAAGGGAGCGCUAUGCCAAGAUCGAGAUUUCUCUGAAAGUCUGUGACUCUGCAGACCGCCUCCGUGAUACUUUGAUCCAUGAAAUAUGCCAUGCAGCUUCCUAGCUGCUUGAUGGUGUCCGAGAUUCUCAUGGUGAUGCAUGGAAGUAUUAUGCAAGAAAAUCCAAUGCGGUGCACCCCGAGCUGCCCAGGGUCACUCGUUGCCAUAACUAUACAAUUAACUACAAGAUUAAUUAUGAAUGUACUCAGUGCAAAACCAGGGUUGGCCACUACACCAAAUCGUUGAACACAGAACGCUUUAUCUGUGCCAGAUGCAGAGGGCCCCUGGUCAUGCUGCCAUUAACUCGUAAAGAUGGAACCCCCAUUGAGCCCCAUGUGAGACCAUUUGCCAAAUAUGUGCAGGAGAAUUACCGAGUGGUGUUUCAAGGGACAGCUGGGAUCAGCCAUGGGGAUGUGAUGAGAAAGCUCAGCAAGGAUUAUGUUGCCAGUAAACAAAAGAAGAAUCCUUAGAGUAUGUUUAUAUGAGCUGAAUCCUUUACUGAUGAAAAGUUUUAGAAAAAAGUCUCUAUUAUUGUGCAGUUAUGAAUAUUAGAGUUUAAAUACAUGUUUUAAGAUUCUUGUUAUUCAUGAUUUUUGUUCUUAACUAAGGGUUCUAUUGCUAGUCAUUUUGUCCAGGACCAUACCCUGAAACAUUCCGGAUCCACCUUGGGUCUUAUUUUGAAUGCAAGUUUUAAAAUGUAGAAGAAAAUAGAGAAGAAAAAUGAGUUUUUGAGAGUGGCAGGUUGAGAGAAUGAAAAGGAUACUGGGAAGAGAACAAGUUUUAAAAGCAGCAGUUUACACAGGACUGUUGUCAGAUGUAACCUGCUAAACCCACCUAGACAGAAAAGACAAACAUGUUGUUGAAUUCAAUUGCUGAUGACAUUGAGUGAAGCUGUCAAGCUGUAUAAUUAUUCAACAAAUAAAAUGUUUUUGCAUCUCA